CCUCCUCCCCCAAUUCCCCCCAUACACACACGCAGAGACGAUCCGGGGAAAGCGAUUUCUGCUUAUUGUUUAUUAUUACCCCUCUCUUUUGGUGCCCUUCCGACCUUCCAGCGCCCCCCCCUCCCCCUGUGAUCAUCAUCGUUGGUUGCCUGUUGUGGACGGCGAGAGGUUGGUCGGGACACUACUUCUUUGCGUCAUGUGGAUGGAAGGACGAGUGAGGCCGAGAAACACGAGAUGCCUGCAUGGACUUACCCUGACGAGGAUGCGCGCGAUGCAUGGAUGCGCGGUAUAGACAUGCCGUAGCAUUGGGUCAUCGGGGAGACUGUUGUGUCACUUGGGAUGAGAACGAGGGCGAUGCUGGAGUACUAAAGGGGAGGGAGGGAUGGCUCUCCCGCUCUGGGGAUGCCUUGCCCAUCUCCCUUUUUGUCUUUGUUCUUCCGAAGGGUUGACUGCUAUUCUGCGGGCUACUAAUACACUCUGCGGCCUCGAUUGCUCUCUGAUCGAUAUCCAGGGAACCCAUUGCCCAUCAUGAAGCUGACGGGCAGCCCUCUGGCUGUCUUUGCUCUGGCGGCGAGCCUCCCCCUCACAGCAGCAGCCGCAAAGAGCGGAGGCGGCCCGGACAAGGACGGCAAGUACUGGAUCCGGGCAAAGGGCAUUGAGGCGUCCUUCAUUCCGUACGGGGCGUCCAUCUCGAACCUCUUCAUCGACGACCGCUACGGCAUCCGGCGCGACCUUGUCGGCGGCUUCGACAACGCCUCGUACUACGGCAUCGACGCGCAGCACCCGCACUUUGGCGGCGUGCCGGGCCGGUACGCGAACCGCAUCAAGAACAGCACGUUCAGCAUCGACGGCACGACGUACCGCGUGCUGCCCAACGAGAAUCCCACAAAGGCCGAGCCCAACGGGACGGACACCCUGCACGGGGGCCCCGACGGCUGGGACUGGCGCAACUUUACCGUGACGGCGCACACGCCCACCAGCAUCACGUUCAGCAUCGUCGAUCCGGAUGGCAAGGAGGGCUUCCCGGGCGAGGUGGUGUCGCACAUUACGUACACUGUCAAGGAGCACCAGUGGGACUUGAAGAUGGUUGCGCUGGCGACGACGAAGAAGACGCCCAUUAUGCUGAGCAGCCACACGUACUGGAACCUGGAUGGCUUUGCGAACAAUGAGACGCAGACUGCGCUGAACCACACGCUGCAUUUGCCGUAUAGCGGGCAGAGGGUUGACGUCGACGGGUACUUGAUCCCCACGGGGGAUAUCCUGGCGAACAAGAAGGGGACGGCGAAUGACUUUUGGUCGAGGCCGAAGCAGCUUGGCAAGGGGUUUGAGCAGAGUGGGAUCAAGAACAACUGCGGCAACAACUGCACUGGUUUUGACACCUGCUACAUCGUCAACCGAGACGCCCUGCAGCCCUUUGACUGGCGCACCGAGGGCCCCGUCGCCAGCCUCUCGUCGGCCUGGUCGGGCAUCCACCUCGACGUCUACUCGGACCAGACGGCCUUCCAGGUGUACAGCUGCAACGGGCAGAACGGCACCCUGGCGCUCAAGAAGACGCAGGGCCUGCACGGCAACAAGCGCUUCCCGCGGACGAUCCCGCAGUACGGAUGCCUGGUGAUGGAGGUGGAGGACUGGAUCGACGGCAUCAACAACCCGGAAUGGGGGCGGAAGCAGGUCUAUGGGCCGGGCGACGAGCCGUAUGUGCUCCAGGCGAGUUAUCGGUUUAGCAUUGACGGCAAGAAGAGUGCGUAG